GUUGAUGCUGAAUGUUUUCAGCAAAAGUGAUUCAUUGAGCCUUCUUUGUUUUAUUUCCUCCAUCUGGUAGAAGCCACUAUAUCGCUUCAGUGUACGCAUCCCGUUUGAUGGUGGCUCGGGGUCAGGGCUUGAUCGUCACCAUUUCAUCCAUGGGAGGCCUGCGAUAUCUCUUCAAUGUGCCAUACGGUGUUGGGAAAGCGGCGUGCGACCGCAUGGCCGUGGACAUGGCUUUGGAGCUUCGGAGCAGAGGGGUGGCAUCUGUCAGUCUCUGGCCUGGACCGGUCAAGACCGAGCAAAUAACUCAGUUUGUGCUUUCAGAUGAUGCGCCGCGGGAAGUAGAUUCCAAGACGAAGGAAUUGUUUGCUCAUGGAGAAAGCACUGAAUUUAGUGGGCUGUGCAUUGUCAACCUUGCUCAAGGUAGGCCUAUUCUCGAUCGGCUGACAUGUUUUAACUCUUUACUUCAACGCAGAAGGGGA